AAUUUAGGUUAUGUUUUUCGAUAAGAAAUGUGUUGAUGUAUAAAUUUUCACUAAUGUAUUAUAAUUUAAGCAUAAAUUUUUACUCCUAUGCAGUUGCAUGAUAGUGGAUUGUGUAUAGAGUGGAACUGGUUUAAGUGCAGUGAUGCCCUAUUUUUUUCUAAAAAGUUAGCUCUUCGAACUUCGAAAGCUUACACAGCGACUCGAAUCGUAUUAUUGUGAAUGGGAAGGGAAUCAUAGGUUUUGAAUUUAAAUUUAAAUUUAAAUUUUAUCAUCGAAAUUCAACCUAAAAGUACCGGUAACUGUCAUACCAAGAAUAAUUAAAAGUAUUUUUUGGUCACUUUUGUAUGUAGUAAUAUCCUGUGACAGCAAUGAAGGAAUUGCACAAUUCUGCAGUUAGUAAAUAAUACAUCAAUUUCGUCCUUGAGGAGAAGCACUAGAUUAUACUGUUGAAUUAAAGGGCAUGAAUUUGUCACAUUCUGUGGAUAUGCUGACUACAGAAUUUCUGCAUUUAUUUACAAAUGCGAGGGAGUUUAUUUGCCUGAGUGGCUUUUCUCCAUUUAGCCAAAUACAAUUAUAACAUUUAUCCUACUUUAUAGACAGUCAGUUGAAUCUUAGCCAAAACAGAUUUUUGAUAUAGUUCAUGAAGACACAGUGUUCAAUUUAUUCACCAUCAAAGGUGAAACUGUUACCUGAGCUAGAAGCUAGAAGUAGAAAUGUAUGUUUAAAUAUGUACUUGUGUAUUGCACAAGUGCUUAACUUCAAGUCUGUAUUGUAUGUGAAGGGCACGUGUUAUCCAGAUGUAGAUAGACAUGCUUAUCUAUAAGAGUGGUAGUCCUUACUUCAGUUAAAAAUUUAUCUCUCUUAUGUAAUAAUGCUGACACUAUCUAGGCUAUGCUUGGAUGACUGGUGAAUGAUGAAUUGGAAAGGAUUUGGAAGGAAACAGUCAUGGUUUAUUUAAGUGUAACAGCACAACAUGGAGUCCAUGAAACCCGAACCUGAUGAAGAAUCAUCUUAUCACAGUGAAAAUGAGCUGAUUGUUGUGAAACAGGAUGAGGUGCUUGCAACAAGACAUUCCACUGUGAAGACUGAACAUGAGCAAAACACUGACACAGUCAAAGUAGAACAUAAUGUGGAUAUUCUAAAUGAAGAUGAUUCCACCUGUAUGAACAGUGGUGACAUCUAUAUCCCAUCUGCUUGUUCCAUAGCAAAGGCAGAACCUGAGGACAGCAUGGAGUUACUUGAAGUUGCACUUGGUUCAUGUACUGAGAUAAAUGAUACUUCUCAUGAUGGAAACAAGAUCAUCAGUAUAAAAGUUGAGGACGUCCCAGAUAUACAACAUGAGGAGGAUCCUUUGCUAAUAACAUUUCCUGCAGUUAAAGAGGAACAUGAGCUGUCGCAGGAUACAGUAUGAUGGGUCAGAAACAUAAUGAAGAGAUCACAGAAGAAGUGGAAAUAACAACCAGAGAAAUGCAAGUAAAAUAUUCUAGAGGAAAAUUCCACAGUUAAGCUUUCCAGAGAUCUGUGCUUAUACAUUGCAGCCCUUCAGGAGCACUAUGCUCUCGUGACUUCACUGAAUAUACAAGCUAUGAACUUGAAGAAUUCUGAAGAGACAAGUUGAGAGAAUGAGCAUUAUAAUCAUAAUGGUCUACAGCUACCUCAACACUGCAAUACCAAUUGAAACACUUCCAUUUAUUGCUGUCAUUUCCUGUUUCGUUAUAAACGACUGAGAUUAGUUUCUCACUUGAUUUCAAUGCAAAUGACAAGACACAAUGACAAACAAUGUAGAAACCCCUUCUUCUUAGAUGAAUUGAAUAUACACAAAACAAUAUCAAAAGAAUUGGCUAGAAUAUUUGGGGGGGGGGAAAGAAGCCUCUAGACCCAAACUGAAGGCAUUCUAUGAGCAUAAACUAAAGCAUAGAAGGUGCUAGAGACAUCUAAGAUAAAAAUGUAAGGAAAUGUAUUAAUUCUGGAACAGAUCAUAACACAGUCUGUGAUGAUGACAAUGCUGACACUCAUAUGUGCAGGGACACAUGAUUUAUGCCAAACAAAUGCAAUUUCCAUACUAAACAUUUAUGAAUGAAGCAGUGUCACUCUUAGAACUAAAAGAGGAGAAGUGUGAAGGCAGUUAAAAACUUCUCAAACACACCAGAGAAGGGCCCAUUGAAAUCAUUAGCAAACUGAAAAUAUGAACAAAGGAAUCCUAUUUUCCAUAGGCUGUUUGAUUUCAGAGAAAGCCAUUUCUUUUUAGGAGAAAUAUACAAUUAACAAUGGAAUUAUUCAGAAAAGAGAGGUUUCUUAAAAUAAAGGAUGACAUGAUUCAGGUAUAUUUAGGCUAUUACAUCAUUCCUAUUAAAAACAAUUUAUGGGCAUCACUGUACCACUAACUAAGGAAAUGUCAGGAAAGAGAACAUCUGUACUUGAUUCUAAACAUUGCAUUAAUAAAACAAUUUUAUGCUCAGAAAAUGACAUCAGCCAUAUCAAUCUUCACUGAUAUGGUCAACAUGGUCUUAGUAAACAUAGUUCUUAACAGACAAAUUAAAAUGUGUAUAGACAAACCUUCUGUGAAGAUACAUUUCUUCAGUGGUUCCUAGUAGGAUCCAUUAUCAAGAUAAAUAAUGGCAACAAGCAUAAAUGUACACCUCAAACAAUCAUAUUAUUUUGUUGCCAGAUAUGCUCAAAAUUAACAGAGGGCAUAUAUGAAUACAGUUUACUUAAAUAUGGGAGACAGAAAAUAGGAACCAUAUUUGUUACAGGUUGUUUGAUUCCAGAGAAAGCUAUUCCUUUUACAGACAAAAGACUGUUCACUCAUUUUAUGACAUUCGACAUAACUUACCUUCAUGCAAUAAUCAACAAUUCACUGCCAUAGUAACUCAAAAUUAUGUAUUUCAGAUUUUUCACUCACUGUUAUAAAAACUUUUUACAUACAUAGAGAGGUUACACAAAUACAGUUAAUGUCUUUGAAACAAGUAAAAAAAUAACCUGAAAAGACUGCAAGGAAUGCAGUUUGUCACAUUACGUGUACAUUCCAAUAUAAUUUUUAUAAGAUCAUAUUUAUUACAAUUACACUGUCUGUUCAAUGUGCUGAACUCCAAAAACAAUAAAAACAUACAUGUCAGAAAACGAUGUUGCGAAGAAAAGAAUCUGAAAAAACACCCUUCUACAAGGAACUUGUUAAAAAUACAAGUUACCUGAGAUGCAUGCACAGCACAACAACUCUGGAACUUUCUUCAGUUUGUUUACCUGAAGUCUGUGAGACUUAAUGGGGAAAGUGUGUGUUUCAUAUUCUCAACAACAUCUGUUCGAAACAAGCUUUUGUUCUAACAAUUAUCUACUGACUUACACUUUAGAUGUGUAGAAACAAAUGUAGGACUUCAUGUAAAGUGUCCAUUACUAUUGUCAGAACUUAACGGAAGCUGAGAUGUAUUGACACAUUUUACUAAAACUCUCCAAUAUUAAAUUUCAUAAAAAUCCACUUAGUGGUUAUUAAUGAAAAUCAUGGUGCACAGGGUGGCUCUGGAGCAGGAUUAUCUCCAAGCUUCUUCAGUUUACUCCUACUCAUCCACCUGCAUCCUCUGAAGUGUGAUAGCCCAGACCAGCAGACACAUUAUCACAUCCUCGGACUUUAUGACAUUCACUGUCACCUGAUGAAGUUUAACAAGUGCCAGUGUGGUUCCAUCAAGUGUAGGGCUGUUGCCACAGUGUACAUAAAUAUAAUUUACUCCUACAAAUGUCACUUACAUACACAGGAACUGUAGCUCACUGAAGCUUGAAAGAGUCAAAAUAUAUAGUUAAGUUUAAGGUCUUUCAUUCUGGUCCGUCACACUAACCAAUUAACAAUCAAGUUCCUUCCGUCAAAUGUGAC